CAAAACCUCACGUACAAAAAUUUAUUGAAUUGACUAAACCUAAAAACGAAAAAUAUAUUGAAGGAGAUUGGUAUCAUACACUUCUUGUAAAUACAUCUGAGUUGAGGAAUUCUCAUAAAGUUACGAGUUUUUAUAUUGACUUAUCAGGAUUAUCUUAUGAAGGUGUUGAGUAUUUAAUGGAAUUUAUGAAAGAUUUCAAAAGUGGCUUUCGACUAUCAACAAUGUUAACUGGUGGAAGAGUUAACGAAAUUGGACGAAAUGAAACGGCAUAUGUUCACAGAGGUUCAUUGUAUAUGUUGUAUAUUGUAGUAAACUUAAAUAAGGAUAAUUAUGAAACCCGUCUAAAAAAUUUAGAAAAAUUUUCUCGAAUCUUUCAAAAAAAUUAUACUACUUAUGAAAGUUAUCAAAAUAUUAUUGAUAAAGAAUUAGAUAAUUGGCAAUGUCGUUACUAUGGUGAGAAUUUUGGUAAAUUAGUAGAAAUUAAACAGAAAUACGAUCCUAUUAAUUUAUUUAAUUGGAAACAAAGUAUACCUACAAAUACUGAAAUUUUGUGUUAUUAG